AUGGGCACCGAGGCGCGGGAGGAGGACGUCCAGGUGGCGCUGAAGUUCGUGACCGACCUGCCGCCAGAAUUCCGAGUGCCGGAGACGCCCGUGGCUGUUCCUGGAGUUGUGAAGAGAUAUGGGCUGUCACAAAUUAUCAAUCACCUCCUUGGCCUGGAAAUAGCAAGGCCAUUCGACUUCCUGAUCGAUGGCGAGCUGCUCAGAAAGUCCAUCCAGGAGCACUUGGCAGAUCACAGCCUGUCGAUGGAAUCUGUGAUCGAGGUCCAAUACUUGCCGAUCGUGGCACCACCCAAGACAAAAAACCAAGCUUUGCACGAUGAUUGGGUGAGCGCUCUCGAUGGCAGUUGGGCAGGUGGCGUGCUAUCUGGCAGCCAUGACGGCAUUGUCAGGGGAUGGAAUGGUUCGUUGGAUAGCUUGUGGAGCCUGGCUGCCCACAGCGGGCCCGUAACUUCUGUGGUGUCUGUGCCUACCAACCAAGGCUCGUUCAUGCUCACAUCCAGCCGCGACGGCACCAUCAAGCUGUGGGAGAUUGCAGAGGGGGCCGGUGGACCAGCAACGCUGGUCGCCACGUGCAAGGGAGACAAUGGGGGAGUCGAGAGCGUGGCUGUUGCCCCCAGUGGGAAGCGAUGGAUUAGUGGAGGGCGGGAGGGUGUCCCGAAGAUGUGGGCCAGUGGCAAGAAGGUGGUCGAACAGCCCAGCGACGACCAGCCGGGGAAGAAGAACGCAGCGAGCGACCGCCGUAAGGAUGGCGGCAGUGCAACAAGAAAGAGGAAAUCGGGCGCCCUGGAUAACGGUGUGGACGAGGAGGUGGUCAUCGAGGAGCCUCUAGCCAGGUUCACGGGCCACACGCAGACCGUUUCUUCCGUUGCUUGGCCCUCAGAAGACACAAUUGUCACCGCAGGCUGGGACCACUCGGUCAGGAGGUGGGACGCCGAGACGGGCGCCAACAUGGACACCUUCAGCGGCUCCAAGGUCGUCUGUGACGCCUCCCCCGCGCCCGGCGGCGCGGGGCUGAUCGCCUUCGGCGGCGCGGACCCCGUGCUGCGCACGUGGGACCCCCGCAGCCGAAGCGGCGAGGCCAUCGCCGUCAGGCGCCACGCCUCGCACGCCGGCUGGAUCGUCUCGGUGAAGUGGUCGCCCUACUCGCAGCAUCACGUGGUCACGGGGUCGUACGAUCACAGCCUGAAGCUGUGGGACGUGCGGGGGGCGGUGCCACUGGGCACGGUGAGCUCGCACUCGGACAAGGUGCUGGCCGUGGACUGGGAGGGGGAAGGGGGCAUGGUGAGCGGCGGGGCGGACUGCAUGGUGAUGGCCCAUGCGUGCGGGGGGCACCUGGUGUAG